CUGCUUGACGUGUGUGUCUAGCAGUUAAAGUAACACGAAAUCUGACAGGGGCCCGCGUUUGGCGCUCUGAUCGACACGCGGAGCUCAACAGCUGAUCGGGUAAACACAACCAUUCUUAUCUUUCGCCGGCUCUCGUCUAACAAUCAGGAAAGUGACUUUUUCUCUAGAAAAUCAUGCAAAGGUCCGUGAAAAGCAGAGCAGUUCGACAGGCCAUUAAUUUUUGUCGGUCCCAGCAUAGUAAAGUGGCAAAAGAGAGUGAAACUCCGGCUGAAUGGAAAGGUGUCGUUGGAUUAGAAAUUCACGCCCAAAUCUCGACCAAUUCAAAACUGUUCUCAAGAUCCAGCACUGAAUUUUCCUCGCCUGUCAAUGAAAAUGUCGCCCUGUUUGACGCAGCCACCCCCGGCACCCUGCCUGUGAUUAAUAAAGCUUGCGUGGAAUCUGCACUUCUGACAGCCCUGGCCUUGCAGUGUAAAAUAAAUCCUGCUUCAACCUUUGACCGGAAACACUACUUCUACGCCGACAUGCCUGCCGGCUACCAAAUCACCCAGCAGAGGAAUGCUCUGGCCAACAAUGGAGUGUUAAGGUUCUACGUCACUCCUCCUGAUGGCAAACCGUAUUUGAAGAGCUCCAAACUGAAGCAGCUCCAGCUUGAACAGGACAGUGGAAAAUCUCUGCACGACAUUGAAGGCAGAAAGAUUUUGGUUGACCUCAAUCGAGCCGGAAUCGCAUUGAUGGAACUCGUUUUCGAACCCGAUCUUUCUAAUGGAGAAGAAGCCGCAUCUCUCGUCAAAGAAUUGGCUCUGAUUUUUCGAAAACUGAAAACUUGCUCCUGCAAAAUGGAAGAGGGUGCUCUGCGCGUGGACGCCAAUGUUUCCGUCCAGAAGACAAACUCCACUACCUUGGGUCCGAGAACCGAGAUAAAAAAUAUAAACAGCAUUAGAGGCGUGGCAAACGCAAUAAAUUUUGAAAUACAGAGGCAAAUCGAUGCGAACAAGCGUAAUGAGAGGGUUGUCGUCGAAACCAGGGCGUACGAUGCCCAAAACAAAUCCACGGUGGCCAUGAGAGACAAGGAAGAGAAACAGGAUUACAGGUUUAUGCCAGAACCAAAUUUGCCUCCGCUGAGACUCGCGGAGGGAGAGACUGGGGACAAGAAAAUUGUGUCCAUUGAUACCAUUCUAAAGCGCAUCCCAGAACUGCCUGAGAAAGUUAGAGAAAAGCUCAUGAAAGAGUUCGAUCUGGUGCCCAUUCAAGCCAUCAAUCUAGUUAACGAUGAAUUUCUCCUUGAAUUAUUUUACGAAUUGUGUAACCAAAUUGAAAAGCCUAAUGGAAGGACCGUGUACGGAGUCAUCAUGAUUGACCUGCUCGCAUUACUCAAACAGAAUGGCAUCAGCUAUGACAAAAAUCCGAUCUCAACUGGAAACCUGUUAGAGCUGUAUCAUUUGAAGCAGGAAAGGCUCAUCAGUUCGCAUGUAGUUUCAAAAGUGAUGGACGCUUUGAAUCAAGAUCCAAGCAACUCGGCUCAAAAGAUCGUGGAAGAAAACUCUUGGUUCCUCAUCAAUGACAGAGAGGUGAUUUUGAAAGUGUGCACCGAAGUGGUAGCAGAAAAUCAGAAGAAGGUGAGAGCCGUUCUAAAGGGCAAGAAGAAUUCGUUUGGCUCCUUGAUUUCCGCCGUUGACAAAAAAUUUAAUAACCAAGUGGACAUGCAAAUAGCGCGAUCGAUUAUGGAAGAAUUAAUCGAGAAGGAGAGGAAUAAAUGAAACUUGUUUGGUUUUUAGACAAAA